AAGAGGACGUCGAAGAAGCACGGGAGACGCAGACGGUGGUGGGCAGAGAGAGCGACGGCUCCAGGCCGGCACGAGCGAGGUGAGAUGCGCCCUUAUCGCCCUUAUCGCUCUCAAUCGUCCGUGCAGUAUCUAUUGGGGUGCCCCGACACUCCUCGUCAGCCGAGUCGCAAUCUCGACGGCUAGCAACGAUAGCGGCGAUACAGGACCGGGGAACGCUCGCUCCGGCCGAACCGACCGAUCUCAGUGGUGCCAUUGUUACAAUCCGGCGGACAGUCCGUCGCGAGAGAGAGAGAGAGCUGCCGAGAUGUGCGUGGAGUAUUGUUGUUAAAACAUGCGUAACGUGCGACGUACUCUGCCUAAUGUGUCGGAAAAAAAAUUCAGUUCACCGCGAUAGUGACGAUAACAUCACAGGAAGGAUAAAAUUUGAGAAUGGGAGGUGGAGACUGGAGUGGUUGGUUGCAACGAUGCCGGCAAUCCCGGAGGCUCGUUCUCGUCAUCGUCGCCAUCGCACUGCUGCUGGAUAACAUGUUGUUGACGACCGUAGUUCCAAUAAUACCGGAAUUUCUCUACGAUAUCAAACAUCCUAACGCAACAUUAAGCGAGCAUCUAGAAGGAAACACUCAUCAAACUACGGUCGUCACCACUACGUCGCCAACAACCGGAACAACAACAACAACGUCAAAAUGCACUUGUGCUCCAAACAUAUCGGUCGCAUCUCCAUUGGAAUUUUUACAUGUUACAACUCCUUCUAUGAAUUUAUCGGAAAUUACCGCAGGCAAUCUCACGUCGGACAUGAAAGAAAAGGAACAGAGACAUCGGGAAUUGUUGGAAGAGACCGUAGCAGUAGGAAUGAUGUUCGCUUCAAAAGCUUUUGUUCAAUUGUUGGCUAACCCUAUAGUUGGACCGUUGACCCACAAGAUCGGAUACAGCAUACCAAUGUUUACCGGAUUCAUUAUCAUGUUCCUAUCCACGCUAAUUUUUGCUUUUGGACGAAGCUACGGUAUACUUUUCCUCGCGCGAGCUCUUCAGGGUAUCGGCUCAUCAUGCUCUAGCGUUUCCGGUAUGGGUAUGUUAGCGGAGAGAUAUCAGGACGAUAAAGAACGCGGUAACGCGAUGGGUAUCGCACUAGGUGGAUUAGCUCUUGGCGUCCUUAUCGGCCCUCCAUUCGGCGGAGUAAUGUACGAAUUUGUAGGAAAAUCCGCCCCGUUUUUAGUCCUUUCAGCGUUAGCCCUUGGCGAUGGACUAUUGCAGCUUUUGAUGCUCCAACCAUCGGUCGUGUACACGGAAGCGGAACCACCGUCGUUAAAGUCUCUCAUCACCGAUCCCUACAUCGUUUUAGCAGCUGGCGCGAUAACGUUCGCAAAUAUGGGCAUCGCUAUGCUGGAGCCGAGCCUACCUAUCUGGAUGAUGGAUACGAUGGGCGCGAGCCGCUGGAAGCAGGGAGCCACGUUUUUACCUGCGAGCAUCAGUUACUUGAUCGGAACGAAUCUUUUCGGGCCGCUCGGGCAUAAAAUGGGCAGAUGGCUAGCCUCCCUGAUAGGACUCGUCGUUAUUGGUAUCUGUUUGCUAUGCAUUCCGCUAGCAAGAAGUAUCGAUCACUUGAUCGUACCGAACGCGGGGCUGGGAUUCGCGAUCGGGAUGGUGGACAGUUCGAUGAUGCCCGAGCUGGGAUAUCUAGUUGACAUAAGGCACACUGCUGUUUACGGAAGCGUUUAUGCUAUCGGCGACGUGGCGUUCUGUCUUGGUUUUGCUAUAGGUCCAGCGUUAAGCGGAACUUUGGUCAACACUAUUGGUUUCGAAUGGAUGCUUUUCGGCAUAGCUAUGUUAAAUUUCAUUUACGCACCUCUCAUGUAUUUCCUAAGGGCGCCGCCGACCAAAGAAGAGAAAAAGUCGUUAAUAAUUGGCGAAAAAUCAUCUGUGCGUUAUGUCACCUACCAGAAUGAGGAAGAGGACCAGUGAAACAUUAAUUCUAAGCAUUCUUUAUACAAUCAGUUAUUUUACUUAGAACAUAUUCUCUUUCCCUUUCGUAUCUAAUAUAUCAUUAAAAAAUAUAGGUUGUAAAAUAUUGUUACAUUGAUUUUUACGUGCAUCUUAAUUUCCGUAAUAAUUUUCAUCAACUGAAAGACAAUAAUACAUUUUUACUCCUUAUUAUUUCUAUUUUUAUCGAUGUAUUCGCGUUCUCUUGUUAAAUGAUAGAAAGCUACAAACAUCGACAAUAACCACAAUUGUUGACAUGCACUCGAUAACAUUUUGACAAAUUAAUGUGUAAAUGUAAAAUUAUUAGUAAACGAGUAAAAUUUUCCUAAUGAACAGUUGACAGUUUUGAAAAGAAAGAGAACAAUAUUUCAAAGUAGGUUCGGAAAAGUCGCACAACACCACACUUGGUAUCUGUAAUAAAAAUAAUAUAUUCUGUAAAACGAUCAAGCAUUCUAUGAACUUGAGAGAUUUCGUAUUCGUGAAUAUUUACGGAUAGAAAUAGCCGUAAAGAGAGCUGGACACGUUGUGAAAUGUCUUUCUGUGUAUUCUACAUCGAUAUUAUUGUUACACACAUAUCGUAUGUAACAGGCGAGUAACGGUAGAUUAAAGCCUAAAGUUAAUGCAAAAGUCGCGGGGGAAAAAAAAACAAAAAAAGCUCGUUAUACCGUAGCAUGCGAUAGCAAGAGAUAUAUUAAUAUAUAUAUUCGUUAGACGUGUUUCAUGAUAUAUAUAUGAGAAAAAAAAAGAACAGGCACACGAUGCAAAAGUUAUCCUUAAAUGUGAAGGCUUGAAUUCAGGAUGCAUAUUAUAUACAAUGUCCAUCGUAAAGAUAAAUAUAUGAAAAAAUUAAGACAUUAUUAAUCAAAAGAUACGUAAUUAAGGAUUGCGAUUGACCGAGAAUAGAAUAAUAUGUGCAAAGGGGACGAGACAGGAUACGACAGUCGAUAUCGCGUGAUCGGUAUAUCGAUGCUCCUGGUGUUUCCUUCGGGAUAACAAAUUGUGAUAACAAUGAAAUUCACAGUGUUACAUCGAGAAGAACCGCCCGAUUUGGUUUCCCUGAAUGGCUGCAGGGGAACCGACGACUGGGACACGGUCGGGUGUUUUAAAAGAGUUCUUCGUAAUUGGCCGUGAUUAAAUCUUGCAUUUUUUUGUCGCGAAAACGAUGCGACAGUUUACGCGAAGCGUGCCAUGGCGCAUACGAUUUACCGAAACUCGCUGAUCUCAUCGCCGUAGGUGAUACGAGUGAGAAUAAAAUAUAAGAGAGGAGAGAUAGAGAAAGGGAGAACGUUCGAACUUGUCGCAAAUCCCAGCGUUUCUCGGUAAAUUCUUCGAGAUUAGCUUUCGUUUCCCGCCGAUUACAAUAUGCAUGCAUGAAAGAAUGUAUAGAGAAUAUUGCGGGAUUUGUUGGAAUAGAGAAUAAUAUUUUAACUUAUAUAUCAGGAAAAUAUAAUGCAAGAGAAUGUACGUGUGAGCGUGAAAGAAAGAGAGAGAUAGAAAAUGUAUGUAUGUAUGUAUGUGUGUGUGUGAAAAAGAAAAAGUGAAUGGGUGAAUGAGUGAGUGAGUGAGUGAGUGAGUGAGUGAGUGAAUGAGUGAGUGAGUGAGUGAGUGAGUGAAUGAGUGAGUGAAAGUGAGAGAUAGAAUGUGUGUGUGUGUGUGUGUGUGUGUGUGUGUGUGUGUGUGUGUGAAAGUAAAAAAUAGAAUAAGGUAAAGUAGAGACGAGGUAUGAAGCGUUCGCGGGAUUUGCGAAUUACAUGAUAAACUUUAUGAGGAUUCGCCGCGGAAAACUCUGGCUGCAAUGAUUUAUUUGUUCCGCGAUGGUUAGACGGACGGUAAUUCUCGUGAUCUGCUGACUGGACCCCUGCGAAAAUAGAACACGUUCGUAGAAGCAAUAUAGAAAGUAGAGUAGUAAUGUUAUCCGUACGUGAACAACGUAUACCUAUAUACGAAAUCUAUACAUGUGACUCUCUAUGUACGUGGUGUAAUCUCCGUGUAAGCUUAAAAAAAAAAGAAAAAUUGUCGUGUAUUUAUUACGUAAUCAGCGUCUCGUUGCUAUUCGUGUACGACGUAUAUGAGAGAGAAAAGAGUAUAUACUUGUUGAGAUCCUAAGCUACUAGAUUCAUAUCUGCCGAGACAGUUCUCGACUCGAUAGCCAUAAAAAACAUAAAAAAGUAAAAAAAUAAAAAAGAUGUAGUUUGUAUUUAAAACAUAGUAUAAUACAUUUUGCUUGUUGCCUCUCUCUGGAGACGUUUUCCAUCUCUAAUUGUCAGCAUAUUGUUUAACGGGCUUUAUAAUGCUGCGAAAGCAUAAUAAUAUUAUAGAAAUAUAGGGAUAUAAUAGUUAACUGAAACUUAGAGUCUUCAUUAACGCCGACGGCAUUUCUUCAUUGAUGUCUGGUAUCAAAUCUUGUUCGUUGUAAUUAAACAAACAUAGAUAAGCGGGGUCCGUGAGAGACGCACAUCCGAGACGAACGAUUACAUGUGAUUAUUACAGUAUUAGACCACAGCUUUCCACUGCGGAUUCCGGAACAUACAAGGUGCGUGAGAUUUCGCGCGCCUACUCCCGGUACGAAACGCGAGUCAAUUCGAUUCGCGAAUUCCUUGCCAACGCUCACCUCGUCGCCAUAUCUAAAGAUGUCUAUGAAAAUCUAUAUUGGAAGCGAGAGGCAGCUAACAGAAAAUGAGAAAAAAGCGGAGAAAUGUAGAAAUAAUGUAAAAAAUAUAUAUAUGGGAGACAAAAAUAUGACGAUUUUUCGAGCCGUGCACAUCUAUGAAUUCAUAUUAAAUUUAUUAAUUGUUUUCUCUUCAGUUUUCAAUUACUUGUACUCUGUAAUUAUUUUUAUCUAGAUUUUAAAUAUUUUGUCGUGUAUUUUAAUGCGAUUGUUUAUUAUUUUAUUCUUGUUUUAAUAAUAAUAGUAAUAACAAUGAGCAAUAGUAUCUUCUAUUAUCGCGUUUCGAUGUUAUUAUGAUCUCGAGCUAUUGUACUAUAUCGCAUAACUAUAUUGCGCAAUAGAUUUGAACAAUCUUUCCCUUAAAUGUAAAUAUAGUAAAACUAUAAUUAACUUUAAACGUUGUCGCCGCUGAGAUACCUUAAAGGAUGUUGUAACGCCGAUUUCCUGUAAUUUCGGUGGACCCUUACUUUGAAUUUAUUCUCUUUCGCAAUGCCUUUCUAUGUCUGUACGCACGUAUGUGUGUAUGCGUGUGUAUGUGUAUGUGAUGUGUUAAUGUGUGUGAAAGAAAGAGUCGUAUAUUUGAUUAUCAUAUUUAAAUAAUUAAAUUUACAGAUAUAUGUACAAGAAAAUUAUUUAUGUAUGAGGCAAAAAAAUUAACAUCUAAAGCAGCAUUGUUCAAAAUACUGAAAUUAAUGACGGAAUGUGAAUGUCAGAUUUUAUCAGAAGGCCAUUGAAGUCUACUCUGUGUUCCUUUAUAAAAUUUGGCCAUAUAAAGUCCAUAUGUUGAUCAUACGUUGUCAAUCUCUUGCGUUGGAAUUUAGUGGAUAAUUGUAUAUUUAAUUAUUAUUUUAUUUAUCAAAAUAAUCAUUGGCUUUAAUAUAUUUACUUUAAAUAAGAAAUACAUCUCUCAAUACUGCUGGGCGACAAUUUUAUUUGAAACAUAAACAAAUUUUCAAGUAUUUAUAGAAUACCUAAUUUAAAGACAGAAACAAUUAGAAACAAUCGCGAUUAUCAAUAUAAUCGUUCCAAUGCACAGAUCACUAAUUCCAACGGAAGGGAUCAAGUCGUAACAAAAUUAUUCCUUAAAUAAAACUCACAAAUCCGCCCGCUUCGGAGGGAAACAGCAUCCUUGAAUCCGCGAAUUGUACGUUGAGGAAAUAACGCGAGCUGCACGGGAGUCCGUUUCUUAUCGGAGGAAGUAACCGACGAUUAUUGCGAUUAUUUGUGUAAGUCUCUCAUGUAACUAGCCAGUCCGUAUCUUGACUCGGCCGUCGCCGGGCCGAGGCUUUAUUGUACGAAUUGCAGAUGCAAUCAACGUGACUGUGUUAAUCGAAGCGAAUCGUAAGGAGAAUCGCGUGCCACGCGUACUGCGCUUCCUUGGUCGCGCGACACGUGCUUCCCGGAAAAUGCAAAAUAACGUAUAUACGAUACCAGUCGCAUACAAUUAUUACCUGAUAAACGUAUCGCGACUGUGAUGAGAUUGGUCGCUACUUCGCCAUCGCGAAAGACACGGCGGAAUUCGUAGUGGCUGUCAAUCCCCAUGCCGAAAGAUCUCGCAACGAAUGGGCAGAUUAAAGAAUAUUGAUAGCACUUUAUUUUGCAUAAUUAUGAUUUGUCAAUAUUUCAAUUAAAAAAUAAAAUAAUUGUCAAUUGUUUAUUUCUAUUCCUCUUAUAAUUUACUUAUUAAUUUUAAUUAAUCACUUGCAACAAAUUUCUCUUUAUGCCACAACGUUAUAUACUUAUGUUAGUUACAAUUGUGUGAGCCUUGUUUUAGAAUAGAAAGAAUUUAAAGCGUUGUAUAUUUGCAAAGUAUAAAUAUAAACGAUAUUAAUAAUAGAAAGUAAUUACGAUAAACUUAGAGUGUCAUAAAGUCUAAUUUUUAAUUGAUCCUAAUUUCGGAAACGUGAAAUUUUUGAAAUUUCAAUUUUUGAAUUCGAAUAGAAUACAUUUCUAUCAAUUUUCGUUAAUCUGCUUAUUGUUUUGCGAGAAAUGCGUAAGAGAGUUCCACGGAGAGUUGGAGAUGGCGAAAGGACAAAAUUUCAUAAAGAUUAUGAAUUCAAAUUUCAUAAACGUGAGUUAAAUCAAAAGUAUCGUCGUACGUUAUUCGUAAUCGUCGUCGCCAUCGUCGACAACGGUGCUUCCGCAUUGGAUAUAUUAAGAGAUGAGAAAAGAAUGAAGAGAGAAAGCGAAUUAAAGUGAAUUAUUCGUUUGGCGGCUGCUAUUGUGAACAGACAAUAAGCAAUGUGAAAAAAAAAAGUGCAAAACCUUCCCCCGCAUUCGAUACGAAGGCUCGAUCGAUCGUUGUCCCGUCAGGCAAUGGCAAACGAUGUUGGCGAAUAUCGAUCGACAAUAAUGAUACAUUGUCAAAUAAUGAAAUCAUAAUUGGUUCAUCACCGGUUUGAAUCUCGAUCUCAUCGACGACGAAUUUCUCUCUCCGUUAGGAAGGUAUUGGACGCCGCUUCUCUAUGUAUUGUCGUUAAACUAUAGUUUCGGCAGCAGUAAAGUUUGUCGUAAAGUCACAGUCUGUAAGGUACCUAUUUAACGUCGUGCCGUUAUAUCGUAGAUAUCUAAUGCACAUCCACAAGCUGGUGUAUGGGUCCGAUUUUCAUGCCUGCGUAAUAAUCAAGACAAAAGAAAAAAAAAAGAGAAGAAGAGAUCUAACUUGUCCUUCUUAGAGUGUACCCAUUAUUUUUUAAUAUCUUUAUGUCGUGCGGUCAAAAGCGCCAGGAAAAAUAGAUAUUAGCGAUUGAGAAUCUUCCUUGAACGAAGGGAGAGGAUAGCUAGAUAGAUUAAUGGAAGGAGGAGAGAGGACCGCACUUAUUACUUGUAUAUUUUUACGCGUUUAUGUAAUUAACGCCGGCCCCGAGAAUCGCCAGAUUUCGCUGCGAGAUUGUACUUGAAUUAACGAGAUACAUCACGCUGUCGCAAAGAUUGUGCAAACGACUUCUAAUAUAAACGCUGGGAAGAUUACAGAAUAAAUACGGUUACGAGAUACGUGUAUAUCAUUGAUGGAUCGACACGAAUUUAUGAUAAGUGGAAGUAUCCACGAUAGAGAUAACAAUGUAAACUAUUUAAUGUUCAUUCCGACGUAUAUGUGUCUAACGUAUUUAUGUGUAAUACAGGAGAAAAUAUGGCUGUAUCGAAUAAAAAUAGAUAAAAAUAAAUA